AUUCCCGCUUUAAUUCACCCUAAACCCUUCAACUCUCAAAUGGGUUUUACCAAUGAAGAUUUGGAAUCAACCCCACUUCUUAAAACCACAUCCAUCAUUACAAAACCCAAAAAAAUCCCCAAAGAUUCAUUCAAUUUAGCUUACAUAAUCUACUUUACGUUAGGAUUAGGUUACCUCCUUCCAUGGAACGCCUUCGUCACAGCAAUCGAUUACUUUUCCUAUCUCUACCCAGAAACAAACAUCGAUCGAAUCUUCGCCAUUGUUUACAUGGGGGUUUCCUUCAUUUGCCUCAUCUUCAUCGUCUUUUAUACCCAAAACUCAAACCCAAGCUUCAGAAUCAACUUGGGUUUGAGCCUUUUUGUGGUGACUCUGCUUUUGGUCCCUGUUAUGGAUGUGGUUUACAUUCAGGGUAGGGUUGGAUUAUACAAAGGGUUUUAUGUGACCGUCGGAUCGGUGAUUCUGUGUGGGGCGGCGGAUGCGGUGGUGCAAGGUGGAGUGAUUGGCUCCGCCGGAGAGUUGCCGGAGAAGUACAUGCAGGCUGUUAUGGCUGGCAACGCGGGUUCUGGAGUCAUCGUUUCUCUUUUGAGGAUUCUAACAAAAUCAAUAUACUCACAAGAUGCAAUUGGCCUAAGAGAAAGCGCAAAGCUUUACUUUGGUGUUUCCAUUGUAAUUAUAGUUAUAUGUAUAAUAUUUUACAAUGUGGUUGAAAAGCUACCCAUUGUGAAGUAUUACAAGGAGCUAAAGGUUCAAGCUAUGAACAUCGAAAAAGAAGAAAAAGGACCUCUAACAUUGUGGCAAAUAGUAAAGAGUAUCAAAUGGUAUGAGUUUGGUAUUAUCCUAAUCUAUUCAGUGACUUUAUCAAUAUUUCCAGGUUACAUUAGUGAGGAUGUUCAUUCUUCAAUUCUCAAAGAUUGGUACCCUAUUCUUCUUAUUUUUGGGUACAAUGUGUUUGAUCUUGUUGGCAAGUCACUCACUUUAGUUUAUGUUAUAAAAAAUCUCAAGAUUGUUGUUGGUGGAUGUGUUUUGAGACUUUUGUUCUUUCCAUUAUUCUUUAUAUGUCUUCAUGGUCCAUUAGUGUUUAGGACUGAGAUUCCUGUGAUGUUGUUGACUUGUUUGAUGGGUUUUAGCAAUGGCUAUUUGACAAGUGUUUUGAUGAUGUUGGCUCCUAAAGUUGUCCCAUUACAGCAAGCGGAAAUAGCAGGAGUUGUCAUGGUUUUGUUUUUGGUUGCUGGUUUGGUUGUUGGUUCAAUAGUGUCUUGGUUUUGGAUCAUUUAGCUUUGAUAUACAUGAGAUCGUUUUGUCUGAUCCAACACAUGAUGAACAUGAAAGAGACACCAACUUAUACCAUUGGAAAGAUACACAAAUUACUUCUUCUAGAAAUGAGAUGAAACUUAAUUGUUA